CCACUACACGACUCAAGCAUGGCUCGCGGUCUUCAGAAGGAACAGGCACAGGCCAAGUCGCGCGAGAAGAUGGCAAAGGCCGCCGGCGGCAAGUCGCAGCUCUCGACCCGUGCUGCUGGCCUCAAGAUCUCGUGCCCGGCGUGCAAGGCCCCGAUGUCCGACUACAAGAACUUCAAGGACCACUUCGAGGCCAAGCACCCCAAGCUCCCGCUCCCGGCCGAGGGCUCUGUGCUUCCCGCAUGAGCGCGAGACGGGUCUCGAGACGCUCGAGAAGGAGGAGGAGGAGGGCGGGGGAGGGCGAUGGUGUUGUCCCCGGGUGUACUGUUACCGCAUCGCAUCGACUCG